GCCUCGUGGCCUUUGGGCUCUCGCGGGACCGGGCUCGUCCGCGAUACUACUCGCGCCAGGCUCUGUGCCGGACGAGCCGCGAGCGGCGCGCGGCACUCCGAACACCCGCGGCCCGGCCCGACCCGCGCGCUACAGCUGGCUCAGCGAGAUCAGCUCGGCGCAACCCGGUGCGAGGCGAUCCCCUGCGGCCGCCGGCUAGCGCGCGCCCGAGGCGGGGCUUGGCCGUCGCGCCCGUGAGGAGGCCGACGACGCCAUGGUCGAGGCCAAGGACCGCGAGUGCGAUGGCGCCGACCGGGACGACCCGGGACUGCAGCGGAGGCUGUCAGGGGGGCUCGACGUCGCGGACACCCGUUCCCCCGAGAAGCAUGCGCUUGUCGAGCCCGCCAAGUGCCCCGGGCUGAUCGCAGCCAACGGCGACAAGCACCUGCUUCAGCAGGGGAAGGAGCAGUGGACGCCGACGACGCCGACGGACGAGAACAAGAAGGCCUUUUCGCAGAAGCGGCAGUUCCUGGCGUGCGCCGCGGUGCAGACCAUGGCGGUGCUGGGCGGGCUCGCCAUCGCGCACAGCUCCAGCCUGCUGCCCGCCCUGUCCGGCCCGGACAGCGAGGUGCCCAUCACGCCGCAGCAAGGAGCCUGGAUCGCCAGCUCGCUCGUCCUCGCCGUGCCGCUGGGCUCCAUGCUCGGCCUGCUCCUGAACGACGUCCUGGGCCGGCUCACCCUCAUCAAGAUCAUCGCGCUGCCCCAGGUGCUCGGGUGGGUGCUCGUCGCGACGGCCGGGUCGCUGGCGCAGAUCGUCGGCGCCCGCUUCAUCCUCGGCACGGCGCUCGGCAUGUCGCACAGCUUCACGACGCUGUACAUCUCCGAGGUCGCCGACAAGGACAUCCGCGGCGGCCUCGGGGCCCUGGGCACUGCGCUGGCGUCCCUGGGCAUCCUGCUGUGCUACACCAUGGGCGCCUUCCUGGACUGGCGGACGCACGCGUGGGCCAACUGCUGCCUGCCCGUGCUGCCGCUGGCGCUGCUCUUCACCCUCGCCACCGAGAGCCCCGUGUGGCUGAGGGAGCGCGGCCGCGACGAGGAGGCGGCCAGGGCGUCGACCUUCUUCUACGACGACCCGACCAAGGUGCUGUCCGUGGCCAAGGCCGGCGCCGACAAGAAGAAGGCUAAGGCGAUGGGCGCCCGCACCUGGCGCGCGCUCUUCACGGAGCCGCGGGGCUACAAGCCCUUCGUCCUCAUCCAGGCCGUCUUCAUCAUCCAGCAGCUCGUCGGCAUCUACAUCACCAUCUACUACGCCGUGCCGCUCUUCAUGGAGACGGGCUGCACCCUCGACCCCUACCUGGCCUCCAUCCUGAUCGGCGUGGUCCGCCUGGUCGGCUGCACCUCCGUGUCGUGGGCCAUGAGGCGCCUGGGCCGGCGGCCCCUCAUGCUCGCGUCCUCGGCGGGGCAGGCCGUCGCCAUGGCCACCUCGGGCUACGCCACGGCGCGCAUCCUCCAGG